GCACGACGCCCGCGACGCGCACGACGCGCACGACGCGCACGACGCGCCCUACGAGCCGCUGCUGCGCGCCUACCCCGAGCCCGAGCCCGACUACCGGCACUUCGAGCCGCCGCCCGCGCACCCCGCGCACCACCCGAGCCUGCCGCACGUGCCGCACCACCAGCCGCUGCAGGCGCACGCGCCGCACCAGCCGCUCCAGCAGCACCCGCAGCACCCGCAGCACCAGCAGCACCAGCCGCACCAGCCGCACCCCGACGCGUACCACCACUUCCCCUUCCCCAAGUACUCGGAGCCGUACGGCUUCAAGCGCGAGCCCGAGGCGCCGUACGACAUGAGCCAGCACCACCAGCAGCACUACGGCAAGCGCGACGAGGAGAUGUACAACGGCGUGAAGCGCGAGUGCGAGGACCCCUACUCCUUCGUGGAGGAGGACGCCAUGUGCGCCAUGAUGGCGCCGCACGCGCCGCACCUGCACGACGCGCACGCGCACCUGCUGCACGCGCCGCACCAGCAGCUGCUGCUGGCGCAGCCCAAGAAGCGCGGCCGCAAGAAGAAGAUCAAGGACGAGAACGGCAUGGAGAUCAAAGCCGACGGCGUGCUGGACGGCAUGGUGCGGCCGGUGAAGGAGCGCAAGAAGCACGACCGCUUCAACGGCAUGAGCGAGGAGGAGGUGGCGCGCCGCACGCUGCCCGACCACCUGGCCGAGAACCUCGACAUCAUCAUUAUCGGCAUCAACCCGGGGCUGUUCGCGGCGUACAAGGGACACCACUACGCCGGGCCCGGGAACCACUUCUGGAAGUGCCUGUACCUCUCCGGCCUCACGCGCGAGCAGAUGAGCGCCGACGAGGACUACAAGCUGUUAAACUUCGGCAUCGGGUUCACGAACAUGGUGCCGCGCGCGACGAAGGGCUCGGCGGACCUGACGCGGCGCGAGAUCAAGGAGGGCUCGGCCGUGCUGCUGGAGAAGCUGCAGACCUUCCGGCCCAAGGUGGCCGUGUUCAACGGCAAGCUCAUCUACGAGGUCUUCUCGGGCAAGAAGGACUUCUGCUUCGGCAAGCAGCCCGACACCAUAGCUGGGACUAACACGUACAUGUGGGUGAUGCCAUCCUCAUCGGCGCGCUGCGCGCAGCUGCCGCGCGCGGCGGACAAGGUGCCGUUCUACGCGGCGCUGAAGAAGUUCCGCGACUUCCUCAACGGGCUCGUGCCGCACGUGGACGAGGCCGAGCUCGUGUUCCCCGACACCACCUCGCGCCGGCCGCAGGAGGAGAUGGAGAUUCGCAGACUGACGAUGGAGCCGGAACCCGGGGACACGAUAAUCCUCGAGGACGGCACUGAGGUCCCGCUGAAGAAGAAGCGCGGCCGCCCCAAGAAGGUCAAGCUGGAGAACGGCGAGACCGCGCCGCCCACGCCCCGCGCGCCUCGGGCCCCGCGGCCGCCGCCCACGCAGGACCCCAACGGCGAGCAGCCGCCCAAGAAGAAGCGCGGCCGGCCCAAGAAGAUCAGGCCCGAGGAGCAGCAGUUCCUCAUGCAGCAGCAGCAGCAGCAGCAACAACAGCAGCAGCAGCAACAACAACAGCAGCAACAGCAGCAGCAGCAACAACAGGCGAACGCGAUGAUGCAGCCGCAGAUGUCCGGUCUACAGGGGCUGGGUCACGAGCAGUACCUGCACGGCGAGUUCCAGCAGGGCAUGCUGUACCCGCACCUGCAGGAGCCGCCCUACUUCCAGCCGCCCGCGCCCGCGCCCGCCGCGCCCGCGCCAGAGUUCAGUUUAGUCCAGCAGGGCAUGCUGUACCCGCACCUGCAGGAGCCGCCCUACUUCCAGCCGCCCGCGCCCGCGCCCGCCGCGCCCGCGCCAGAGUUCAGUUUAGUCCAGCAGGGCAUGCUGUACCCGCACCUGCAGGAGCCGCCCUACUUCCAGCCGCCCGCGCCCGCGCCCGCCGCGCCCGCGCCAGAGUUCAGUUUAGUCCAGCAGGGCAUGCUGUACCCGCACCUGCAGGAGCCGCCCUACUUCCAGCCGCCCGCGCCAGGUGAGCACAGCGGUAAACACACCUUCUCACUUCACAAUAGAGCUCAGUUUAGUCCAGCAGGCAUGCUGUACCCGCACCUGCAGGAGCCGCCCUACUUCCAGCCGCCCGCGCCCGCGCCAGGCGGCGGCAUGGACGGCGGCAUGGACGUGGGCGGCGGGCUGCUGCGCUACGGCUCGCCGGGCGCGGGCGUGGGCUACGCGUCGCCGCGCGUGUACGCCUCGCCGCGCUCGCAGGGCUACUCGCCCGGGCCCGCGCGCCCGCCCGGCACGCCGCAGCCGCAGCAGUUCCCGUCGAGCCCGGCGGCGUUCUCGGCGCCGUCGCCGCCGCGCGCCGGCGGCUACGGGUCGCCGGCGGCGCGCCAGUUCGCCGCGCGCUCGCCGCUGUACUCGUCGCCCGCCGCCUACAGCGCGCCCAGCCCCGCCCACACGCCGCGCUACUCGCACGAGCCGCUCUACCGCGAGCCGCAAGGCCCGCAGGGCGGGUCGCGGCCCUACUCGCGGUCGCCGGCGCCGGGCGGCGGGGUGGGCGGCGUGGGCGGCGUGCCGGCGGGCGUGGGCGGCACGACGCCGUUCCCGGCGGCGUCGCCGGCGGGCGGCGCGCUGAGCUACACGCCGUCGCCGGCGCACACGCCCUACUCGCAGCACUCGUCGCCCGCGCCCGCCGCGCGCACGCCGACAUAUACCGACUCGCAUGCCUUCAACCAGGGCGGCAGCGCCAGCAACACGUCGGGCUCGGGCUCGGGCUCGGGCUUCGCGGCCGAGCUGCCGGCCGACAUGGGCGCGGGCAUGGGCUCGCCGGCGCCGUCGCCCGCCAUCACGCUGGACUUCGAGCCGCCCGCGCCCGCCUCGCCGCUCAGCGCCGACCUGCAGCCGCCCAGCCACAGCGACGACUCGCUGGAGGACUACACCAAGGUCGGUCACCACUCAGCUCGGCCGACAUGGCUCGCCGGCGCCGUCGCCCGCCAUCACGCUGGACUUCGAGCCGCCCGCGCCCGCCUCGCCGCUCAGCGCCGACCUGCAGCCGCCCAGCCACAGCGACGACUCGCUGGAGGACUACACCAAGGUCGGUCACCACUCAGCUCGGCCGACAUGGCUCGCCGGCGCCGUCGCCCGCCAUCACGCUGGACUUCGAGCCGCCCGCGCCCGCCUCGCCGCUCAGCGCCGACCUGCAGCCGCCCAGCCACAGCGACGACUCGCUGGAGGACUACACCAAGGUCGGUCACCACUCAGCUCGGCCGACAUGGCUCGCCGGCGCCGUCGCCCGCCAUCACGCUGGACUUCGAGCCGCCCGCGCCCGCCUCGCCGCUCAGCGCCGACCUGCAGCCGCCCAGCCACAGCGACGACUCGCUCGAGGACUACACCAAGAACACGUCGACGCAGGGCGAGCUGGCGGGCGAGGGCGCGGCGUUCGGCGGCGCGCUGUACGAGGGCUCGCCGCGCCUGUUCCCGCCGCACCUGCACCACUCGCCGCAGCCCGACAAGGAGCACUACCACUACCGGGACCGCCCCGACAUGGGUAACGGCCUCGCGGACAGUCCGCGGUUAGACCAGCUACAUCAGCAUCCCUCCAUGUAUCCUAGCAAUUUUAAUAGGUCGACGCCCCCCAGCGGCGGCGGCGGCGGCGGCGGCGCGGGCGCGGGCCCGUUCUCGCCGGCGCCCGCCUUCCGCCCGCCCGACCACCAGCCGCACACGCCGCACCACCACCACGCGCCAGAGUCGCCGGGCGAGUACGGCGGGCCCGGCACGCCCAAGCCGAAGUCGCAGGACGUGGCGUCGAAGUCGCUGUCGGGGCUGGAGUCGCUGGUGGACCAGAUCCCGUCGAUAGCGGAGGGCCCGGGCGGCGGCGGCGGCGGCGGCGGCGAGGCGGCGGCGGCCGUGGCGGCGCCCGCGCUGCCCGAGUAUGCGCCGGCGCUCUACCCGCCCUACGGCGCCUACUCCACGCCGCCUUAUGGAAACAACGGAAUGAUAGCGGAGGGCCCGGGCGGCGGCGGCGGCGGCGAGGCGGCGGCGGCCGUGGCGGCGCCCGCGCUGCCCGAGUAUGCGCCGGCGCUCUACCCGCCCUACGGCGCCUACUCCACGCCGCCUUAUGGAAACAACGGCUACGGCGCGCCAUUCGUGGGCUACGGCGGCGGCUGGGGCGCGGCGGCGGUGAUGCGGCCGACGCCGGGCUACCUGUCCGAGUGGCAGUACGGCUACACGCCCGUGUCCGCCGUGUCCGCCGUGCCCGCCGUGCCCGCGCCCUACGCGCCCUACAACGCGCCCUACUACAACGGCUACACGCCGCCGCCGCCCGCGCACCACCAGCAGGUACCAUGUGAACACAUGUCCGACACGCUGUAACACACCCCGACGCCGGGCUACCUGUCCGAGUGGCAGUACGGCUACACGCCCGUGUCCGCCGUGUCCGCCGUGCCCGCCGUGCCCGCGCCCUACGCGCCCUACAACGCGCCCUACUACAACGGCUACACGCCGCCGCCGCCCGCGCACCACCAGCAGAACUGGCAACUUCGGUAAGCGCUCCUCGUAGUGCCCAUGGUGACGGUGUGUUGGUGUUGCAGCCGCACUACCUGCCGGCGCCGCCGCUGCUCGAGCUGUACGCGGGCGAGCACGCGGCCGCCGUGCCCGCCGUGCCCGCCGUGCCCUCCGUGCCGUCCGUGGGCUUCGGCGGCUUCUGUUAGCACCGGACUGAGCGAGCCGAGGAUAGCAUAAGGGUUUUUUUACAUUUUAGUUAGUGGAAUGCGAGGCGCCGGCGCCCGGCCCCGGCGCGCCCGCGAAUCUCGGCACGUUCGCGGCGUGAGUAGCGGAAUUGGACUGAUGUCGCUCGACCGGCGGCUCGACGCGGCCGCUGCGACUCGUGAGGCGAUCGUCGUGAUGUAAUUUAAUCUUCUUCAAACUGAUGAGCUUAAUUUGUAGGGUUUGUUUGUAAAUAUUGUACGCGUUCUGUUCGGAUCCAUCGCGCCUUCGUUUGACCGAUCGCUGGACGCGUCGCAGGUUAGGUUCCGUCGAGCGCGCGGAGGCGGCCGAUCGACUCGAAUAUUGAUCAUUAUUAUCGGAGGUGAUGCCCGAGUUUGUUAAAAAGUCUUGCCAAUGAAAUGUUUCGCGUUCUAGUCACUUACUGAUUCGUGUCGGCUAGUCAAAAGUGUAAUAUCGAUCGCGUCCCCGCACUCCCGCACGGAUCGCUCGAGUGAAUCAUGUUUUAUCUAAGUCACAAGAACGGCCUAUGAGAUGUAUGAUGUAUACUUUUUUAUUUAGGUUUAGUUGUACGUCGCGAGUGUGACGCUAUUUAUAAUUCAAUUUUAGCAUUUUUUAUACAUAUUAACUAUAUUUUUACUGUCGCUACGAGGCGGCCAUUUUGUCAUCGCGGUCGUUGACUCCGGCCGGGAGGCGACGUGUGAUACUGUUGGCUCAAUUGAUGGAAACAAACUCGUCGAUCUAAUAAUAUGCAUAGACUCAAUACACAUGUCACGUGAAGUUAUAAGAUACGAAAUGUGAUGAUUUUGUUCAUUAUAAUUGUUUAAAAAAGUACAGCAAACUCUAUUUAUAUUGCUGCUAUCAUUUCAGACUGGCAUUUAUUCUCAUUAUUAAAAAAAUCUAUGUCUGUUAUUAUUUUGACGUGUAAACAAAACGGCGAUCACUGCCAGGAAGAGUCGUCCGGAGUCAGCGGCCGCGCCGCAUUGCCAUGGACUCCUUGCAUUUGACUAAACGUUACCCGAUCAGUUACAUAGCUUCGGAUCGCUAGUGAUAGCAUAAUUUUACAUAAGAUUUAUAACCUAUAUUUUAUUAUACACGCGCCAUUUUAUUGUAAGUCUGUCGCGCCGCGGAGCUCGGUGACAAUUCUCACGAUUCCGCGAUUACAAUGACGCAAACUUUACCCGAGGCAGAAAAAUACAUAUUUUACCUUUUUAUAAAAAAAAAUAACACAGUCAAGUGCUGUAAAAAACUGCUGUUGUAACUUUAAAUUUAUGACGAAUCUGAGGUCAAAUAGCAAACUUUUGAUGUCGUGGACGUUUCGAACGUGCCCGCGCGAGCUCCGCGGCGCCCGACGCGCUAGGUUUAGUUGUGUAACGACGCAUAAUGACGUUUCAGGUGCUCAUGGGUUCGAUUGUUUCCUCGCAGUUGCCAUUCGGCGCUCUGUCGCUUGUUCGAGGUCUUGUGUUGUUGGUCUCUCUCCCCGUCACGUGACCGGGCGUGAGGUCCACGGUCGGGGUUCCGUCGCGACCCGCUAACGGAGAUGUGUUUCUACGUUAAGCGUUAAUGAGGGGUGGUUUUAAAAAAUCUUGUACAAAAUUCUUAAAUUAGUGAAAUCGAAUCUUUUCUUUGCACAAACGGUGAAUAAAAAAAUCUUAAAUAUAGGCUAAGAAACGAAAUAACAUACGUAAUAAAGACAUAUACGUUAAUGCUAGGUUUACUGGAAAGAAUUUAUAUUGUAGUGUUGGGUGUGUCGCCGACCACACCGCGGCCCGCGCUCCCGUCGCGGCUCUCGACUGAUCUGAGUGAGAAAUUACGUCAAUUUAGUAAAAUUUAUAUUCCUCAAGAUUAUUUUCUCGCUGAAUGGGGUGGUUGACUGGGUUCUUCAAAAGUUAUAAAAAAAUAUUUUAGGCAAAAAUCUUCUUCGAAGUUUUCGAAUGCUAAAAAAGUAAGUCACCGUAUUUAGUCAGCAGACGUGGCAGAUAGGCGUUUAAUUUUUUCUUCGCUCUAUCUCGCAAAGGAAUUCGCCACAAACGUCCGAAGUGAAGCGUGGGAAACUACCCUGUUGCGUGAUGCGUUUAGUUACCGUUCCUCCGGCGGGAGCGCGCGCCGGGAGCUGAAGCGCCGUGUCGCCGGCCGGCGCCCGAUGCUGUGCGCGCGCCAUACACAAGUAGUUGCGGUUCAAGUUUCGUUCCAACUUUGCAAAUUUAACAAACAAGUUUUUAAAGUGUUCUAAAAUUACUAUUGGUAAAAACACUAUCUUUGUUCGAGUGCGAGGAGUAUUACUUAGGCAAUAAAUUAUAUUUUUAUUGUAUGUUACGUUGGGUAACGUAAAGAUGCGAUGUAUAAAUUUUACUAAAAAACUACUUUUGUAUGGGGCUCGCACACCAGGCGGGCUUCGAGCCGCGCCGCUUCGACACGUCUUGUUUCUUCGUCUUUCAGAAGGGAAAAUUAUAAGUUAAAAUGAAAAUGAAAUCAACAGGGUAUUUAAGAUUGCUUAAGAUUUAUUAUUUUAUAUUUAUUAUAUGAUUUUUGUGUGCCUCGCGCAAUUGUGUUUAGUGUUACUGAUAUUUUUUGAGGAUAGGCGACGAAAGAUCGCGGACGGCAGCUUACGAAUCCGCACGAAUGGAACUUAAUCACUGUGUACUUAAUAAAAUACAACCCAUAUAGGGAAAAAUAAACGCUGAAUGUUUAGUUUUUAUUAAUAGUUUAAAAGUUAUUGAGGUAAUCGAAGUGGAUAUCCCAAAUAUAAGUUGGGCUUUGUGUGAAGCGUGUAGCGUGCGCGCGCCGCUGCCGUCCGCGACCGCGCGCCGGCGCCGACCCGCCCCCCACAGGCUGCAAUUAACUCAUGUUUUUUUAUUCAUUUUAAACAAUAAUCAAGGUAAAGGAAAUAUGUACCGCUAAUUUCAAAAACCACAGAUAAUAAAGCUAUGAAAAUAUGUAACAGUAUAAUACCAUAUUAUCAAACAAUGCGGUUGUGACAGUUUUACGUACAUUCCUGAAUUAAAGAAAAAUCUUCAGUGUUUCAAAUCAGUAAAAUUAAAGUAAAAUCUAAUUUAAUGUUUGUUGGCUCAAAUAGUCAAAUUACUUUACUUUUAAAGUAACGGGAUGUCAAUUUGGAAGUUAAAGAUAUACCUACAACUAUGCACCAGUAAAUGUUUACCCGCGCCGCCUGUGAGGGCCGCGUCACCGCCGCGUCACUUGCGUUUGUACAUAAUGAGUGCUUUAUUACGCUUUUGAUAUUAUAUUUUU